AUGAACAUUUUACGGAAGACAAAUGUGUCACUACCUCGUCUUAACAUAUGCCGUAAAUCGAGUGAACCGUACUCCAAGGACAGAGAAGAUGGAAUCCCUUCCUUCAUAGUAUGUGACCCGACAAAAGGGUUCUAUGGUGAGGACGGUGAGGAACAGAAGAUUGAUGGCGAAGAAUCGAAAGUGGAAGAGGCCCACAUCGUGGUGGCAUACACUGCUCAAGCUCGCAAUAAUGAAGAGCAGAAGAGUGAAUCUGUAGACGGGGAUUCGGCAAAAUACAGUUCAUUACUUCAGCUUCUUGAAAGCGACUUUGGGCAGGAUAAUCAAUAUGGGAUGCAGCGCCUCGUCAUGCUGGCAAAUAAUGAAUUUGUCAAUUCAGAAAGCAAGGGAUCUGUCGCUGAAGCCCUCGUGUUUGAUAUUGACACGGAUUCGGCAGAACGGCUGCGGCGCUCAUUCCUUCGGCACCUCAAUUCGGAGAAUCUUCGACUUGCAGCACUCAGGGUCUUGGCAUCCACCUUGGAACUUGCCAAGAUGCAAAUGCGGGGGACAACUGAAAUCAAGCUAGACUUUACUUCGAGGUAUUUCCGGGCACUGCUGGAAGUGCUUGGUGCCUACAACAAGGAAGUCGAAGAAAUCGAACGUGCCGAGGCCACGCUAUCUAUCAAGUGCCUUGGAGUGCUCUUAUCACUGGAUCAGACAUCAACUAUCGAAUCAUACGUCCGAAAAACACUUCUUUCGUAUAUUCAAGCCGCCUACCAUCAAGCAUGCGAGGCAAAUGAUCGAAGAUUGCAGAGGGAAACAAAGGGUAUGCUAUCCUCUCUCGAUAUUCACUGGACACAAAUCUAG